AUGUAUCGUCGAGAACUGCAGCUCUUCGACGCCAACGGGAAUCCAGUACCUGCUCAGGGUGCCGAUCUCACUGCUGUCAAUUCCGGUAUUAGUUUUUCUCCGAUGCAUGAACAAGAUAUAGGCACAGGAGGAGCAGCAGUGCAUGCUUCUAAAAUUGAACCUCCACCAUCACGAGUCGAAGCUUCCGG